ACCUUCAAUGUGCAGACAACAGGAAGUGUUGGUGAAGAAGGCGCACGUCUUGUGUCCUUUUGAAGGUGUAAAUGCCCAAAUGCUGAGUGACAUUGAAAAGAAAGGUUGUGAAGAUAUCUUAAAUCGUCUAUCCAGCGAGGAAUUAAUUUCCUUGAAAGACACUGUUACGAAUAAACUGAUAGCAGUUGAAGGGAAACGAGAAGCAAUCAAGGUAAUCAUUUCAUACACAGAAGAUGUUCAGCAGUUACUAAGGAGGAAAAAAGUCAAAAGGGACCUGCUUUUCCAGUACCUGUAUGACAACAAUGUCACUGUUCUUCCUUCGGCUGAAAAAGCAGCCCUUAUUCAUGAAAUAUUAAUACUUUGGAGAUCCAUGCCUUCUAAAGUACAGCAAGAACCUGAAGAUAUCAAUGAUGAGUCCAAAACUGAUGUACGUGUAGCUGCUCCAGAACAAAGAAAACCCACUAGUGAGGGUCAAAAAUUGGCAGAACACUUUGUCACUUGGUUUUAUAACAUGCUAAAUUCUCAUAACCCAACUUGUCCAAGCCAAGCUGAGGAUCAAUUCAGUCAUGUGCACUUCUUUGAAGACUGCAGACUUAAACUUGUAUGUGACACGACAGACAGCAGGUUUGAGGAAUUCGGUGGGGCUCAAUUGGUCUGCCAGAGAUUGCUAGCAUUUGUUCAGGAGGAAUUAUUGAUUUUUAACCCUAACAUUAGUCCUGAGGGUCUGAGGGGGUUGUCUGAGCCACAUGGUUUGGUGGUUGUGAUGGUCUGUGGUACAAUUCACAGGCAGCAAACGUGUUUGGGAAUAUUUGAACAAUCAUUUGGCUUAGUCAAAGAUCCACACUGUGAGAAUAAUUGGAAAAUAAAGUACACAAAUCUGAAAAUGCUAGGUACACCUGUAACGCAAAUACCAAAGUUAGAGCAAAGCAGCAUUCUUCCUUUACCUUCCACAAACCUGCAGUAAAUGCCAUACAUACUGCAAACUUUAUCGGGGCUGCUUUGAUAAUUAGUUUUUUUUUUUGUUUGUUUGUUUGGUUUUAUCAGCUAAAAGUCAUUGGCGGAAAAAAACAAGGAGGCCC